CGCGGCAGAGAGCCCAGCCUGGGGGUGGUGUGGGGGACGCCGGACGGCGCGGACUGGAGGCGCCCGCCGCUGUGGACGGGCUCGGGGAGCUGGCCUGUGGUGCAGGAGGAGGGGCUGGGGGCCCGCAAGCAGCAUCAGGAGAAGGGAAGCAGCCUCGCAGUGCAGGAGCGUGGGGAGGUCCGCGCCGGGGUGCAGGAACGGGGGGAGGGGAGCCCACGCCGGCUGCUGCGGCAGUCCGAAUUCGAGGACCGCGCCUGGGAGCGCGGGAAGGGGCUCGAAAGUUCUGGGGAGCAGGGCGGGCUGUACUGGGAAAGCUGCAGGCACUUCAGACGGGAGGCGGUGGUUCUAGGAGAGGCCCCGGCUCGCCGAGGGAGACUCGAGCUGGUCGGGAGGGCACGGCCUGUCGGGCCUCGGGGGCCUGAGGGGGAGGGGCGCCUGGGGGUGCAGGAAGCAAAUUGGCUGCCCGGGGUGCAGGAGGGACAGGUGGUGCGGGCUGUCCAGGAAACAUUUCUAGACGGGAAGGGGUCCCAGGAAGGAGAGAGACCCCCUGAGGGGCACAGGAUCCGGAGGCGCCGGCGGCGGAGGAGGUGGUAACCCCACAGGCUGGCAGCCCAGCACCAGGAUCUCUCCAGGAUUGAAGUGAACGCAAGAUGUAGGGGUUUGGGAAGUGGAGAGCAGAAGCACACUGACAGCGUCUGUGUCCUGCUGGAUCCUCCUCUGCCAUCUCAGCCUGGACAUCAUUGAAGCUGUGUCCGCAGAAAGACAGCAGAAGGGGAGAGAGGAAGCGGUGCAGUUUUCAACAGCGAAGCAGGACUUCCCCCAGUGCUGUAUAUGCCAACUAGAGUGAUGGGGCAUUUCCUUAGAGUCUAGACUGGAGCCUCCUCCCCAGACCAGUGUGAUGUCAGACCUGGACUGACCUGAAGGUGUGGGGUUGCCUGCAGUUCUCAUGGGAUGAGGUCUUGAGGGGAACCAGUUUGGCCUUGGUCCAGAAGCUUGAGUCCUGCUCACAAAGGGAAAGGUGGCCUGAGCUCAGCCCUAAAUACCUGGUACUAUGGAGUCCGUGAUGCUUCAGAUGCCAGCAAAAUGAGAGGGUGUGCGGUGCACCUUGGGACCCUGGAGGCUGGAAUAAGAAGAGAGCCUCUGCAGUAGGACUUCCUCUGCUGCCAAUGGCCCCACCUGAGUGCUGGCGGCUGGGGAGCAGCAGUAUGCAGCCGGAGGAGGGCACAGGCUGGCUGCUGGAGCUACUGUCCGAGGUGCAGCUGCAGCAGUACUUCCUACGGCUCCGCGACGACCUCAAUGUUACCCGCCUGUCCCACUUUGAGUAUGUCAAGAAUGAAGACCUGGAGAAGAUUGGCAUGGGCCGGCCCGGCCAGCGGCGGCUGUGGGAGGCUGUGAAGAGGAGAAAGGCCAUGUGCAAGCGGAAGUCCUGGAUGAGCAAGGUGUUCAGUGGAAAGCGGCUGGAGGUUGAGUUCCCCCCCCAUCACUCUCAGAGCACCUUCCGGAAGACCUCGCCCACCCCUGGUGGCCCAGCAGGGGAAGGGCCCCUGCAGAGUCUCACCUGCCUCAUUGGGGAAAAGGACCUACAUCUCUUUGAGAAGCUCGGAGAUGGCUCCUUUGGCGUGGUGCGCAGGGGCGAGUGGGAUGCCCCCUCAGGGAAGACGGUGAAUGUGGCUGUGAAGUGCCUGAAGCCAGAUGUGCUGAGCCAGCCAGAGGCCAUGGACGACUUCAUCCGGGAGGUCAACGCCAUGCACUCGCUUGACCACCGGAACCUCAUUCGCCUGUAUGGUGUGGUGCUCACGCCACCCAUGAAGAUGGUGACGGAGCUGGCGCCACUGGGAUCGUUGUUGGACCGGCUUCGCAAGCACCAGGGCCACUUCCUUCUGGGUACUCUGAGCCGCUAUGCCGUGCAGGUGGCUGAGGGCAUGGGCUACCUGGAGUCCAAGCGCUUUAUUCAUCGUGACCUGGCUGCACGCAAUUUGCUGUUGGCCACCCGCGACCUGGUCAAGAUUGGGGACUUCGGGCUAAUGCGAGCACUGCCCCAGAACGACGACCACUACGUUAUGCAGGAGCAUCGCAAGGUGCCCUUUGCCUGGUGUGCUCCUGAGAGCCUGAAGACACGCACCUUCUCCCAUGCCAGUGACACCUGGAUGUUUGGGGUGACACUGUGGGAGAUGUUCACCUACGGCCAGGAGCCCUGGAUUGGCCUUAAUGGCAGUCAGAUCCUGCAUAAGAUUGACAAGGAAGGGGAGCGUCUUCCCCGGCCUGAGGACUGCCCCCAAGACAUCUAUAAUGUCAUGGUACAGUGCUGGGCUCACAAACCAGAGGACAGACCCACCUUUGUGGCCCUGCGGGACUUCCUGCUGGAAGCCCAGCCCACGGACAUGCGGGCCCUUCAGGACUUUGAGGAACCAGACAAACUGCACAUCCAGAUGAACGAUGUCAUCACUGUCAUCGAAGGGAGGGCUGAAAAUUACUGGUGGCGUGGGCAGAACACACGGACGCUGUGUGUGGGGCCCUUUCCUCGAAAUGUGGUGACCUCUGUGGCUGGCCUGUCGGCUCAGGACAUCAGCCAGCCUCUGCAGAAUAGCUUCAUUCACACGGGGCACGGCGACAGUGACCCCCGCCACUGCUGGGGCUUCCCCGACAAGAUUGACGAACUGUAUCUGGGAAAUCCCAUGGACCCUCCUGACCUGCUGAGCGUGGAACUGAGCACCUCCCGGCCCACCCAGCAUCUGGGAAGGGUGAAAAGGGAGCCUCCACCUCGCCCACCUCAACCUGCCAUCUUCACUCAGAAACCGACCUAUGACCCUGUGAGCGAGGACCAAGACCCCCUAUCCAGUGACUUCAAGAAGCUGGGCCUGAGGAAGCCGAGCCUGCCCCGUGGGUUGUGGCUGGCAAAGCCCUCGGCCCGGGUGUCCUGCACCAAGGCGGGCCGCGGUGGCAGUGGCAGUGAGGUCACACUCAUCGACUUCAGUGAGGAGCCCGUGGUCCCCUCCCCACGGCCCUGCGCACCCUCGCUGGCGCAGUUGGCCAUGGAUGCCUGCUCCUUGUUGGACAAGACCCCACCACAGAGCCCCACAAGGGCACUGCCCCGACCCCUGCACCCCACACCUGUGGUGGACUGGGAUGCGUGCCCACUGCCACCACCUCCUGCCUACGACGAUGUGGCCCAGGAUGAGGAUGACUUUGAGGUCUGCUCCAUCAACAGCUCCCUAGUGGGCCCAGGGGUCCCUCCUGGGCCCAGCCAGGGUGAGACCAAUUACGCCUUCGUGCCCGAGCAGGCACGGCUCCUCCCUCCCCUGGAGGACAACUUGUUCCUCCUGCCCCAGGAGGGGAGCAAGCCCCCCAGCUCAGCCCAGACUGCAGAGAUCUUCCAGGCGCUGCAGCAAGAAUGCAUGCGGCAGCUGCAGGUCCCAGCUGGCUCACUGGCACCCUCACCCAGCCCAGUGGGAGAUGACAAGCCCCAGGUGCCCCCUAGGGUGCCCAUCCCCCCAAGGCCCACACGCCCACGAGGUGAGCUGUCUCCAGUCCUCUCAGGCGAGGAAGAGAUGGGGCGAUGGCCUAGACCUGCCUCCCCUCCCCGGGUGCCUCCCCGGGAACCCCUGUCCCCUCCAGGGUCAAGGACCCCCAGCCCCCUGGUGCCACGUGGCAGCUCCCCGCUGCUACCUCGGCUUUCAAGUUCACCUGGGAAGACCAUGCCCACCACCCAGAGCUUUGCCUCAGACCCCAAGUAUGCCACACCACAGGUGAUCCAGGCACCUGGCCCACGGGCUGGUCCCUGCAUCCUGCCCAUCGUCCGAGAUGGCAAGAAGGUCAGCAGCACCCACUACUACCUGCUGCCUGAGCGCCCACCCUACCUGGACCGCUACCAGCGCUUCCUGCGGGAGGCACAGAACCUUGAAGAGCCAGCCCCCCUGCCUGUGCCCCUGCUGCCCCCACCCAGCAUCCCAGCCCCUGCCGCCCCCACUGCCACUGUUCGACCCAUGCCCCAGGCUGCCCCAGACCCCAAGGCUAACUUCUCCACCAACAACAGCAACCUAGGGGUCCGGCCACCAUCCUUGAGGGCCGCUGCUCGGCUGUCACAGAGGGGCUGCCCUGGGGUCAGGCCAGAGGCUGGACGGCCAACAGAUAAGAUCCAGAUGCUGCAGGCCAUGGUGCAUGGGGUGACCACAGAGGAGUGCCAGGCAGCCUUGCAGAGCCACAGCUGGAACGUGCAGAGGGCUGCCCAGUAUCUGAAGGUGGAGCAGCUCUUUGGGUUGGGCCUGCGGCCGAGAGGCGAGUGCCACAAAGUGCUGGAGAUGUUCGACUGGAACCUGGAGCAAGCCGGCUGCCACUUGCUGGGCUCCUGUGGCCCCGUCCACCACAAGCGCUGAGAUGUCUGGAGAGCCAGAGGUUUGCCCUGGAGGAACCACUUGAGCCUGUCCAGCUGACAGGAUGGGAAGAUGCCCAUCCCAGGCCUGGAGGACCUGCUGCACCCGCUGUUCCUACUGGCAGAGCGAGGCCAAGGCAGCAGGAGGCUGGGAGCCCUGCCUUGCCUGUCCCUUCCUCACCCAGCACUGCCCCUGCAACUUCAGUUCGACUCACGGUGCCCCAAGCCUGGGUACAGGAAGUUGCCCCGAGACAGCAGGCCUGGGGUGGCCUCAGCAGGCCCUGUGGCUGACCUGCCUGUGGCUUCAUCCGCUGUGGUAGGGCCUGUCGCUGGAGUGUGCCCCCAAGUCCUUCUGACAGGAAAGCCAGGUUUGACCCUGGGCCAGGAGGACGUGUUGGCCACACCACAAGGUGGACCAGUGCAGGGCUGGCCCUUCUCCAGGGAGCCCCUGGCAGGCAUUUGGGUGUCCAACAGAAUGUGACUUGUGGCCUCACCAUGGACAGUGGUUUGCGACAUGGCUGGUCUUUAGGUCUUGUGCCUGGAAGUAGCCUGAGGUGGCUAAGGAAGCAGAGCGUUGGUGCCGGAUAGUUCUCUGGCUGGGACCAGGGCCCAAGGCCCCAGGGUUGGAAGGAGACCAAGGGGGUGGCUGCCCCGGAGAGAUCCUAGUGCUUCCUCUGACCCAGCUCUUCCCUGUGCUGUUCCUUGUUUUCCCACCAGCCUCUGUCGCCAAAGUUGCUGCCCCAGCAAUGGAUAUUUGCUUCUUUCAGAGAAAUAAAAUUAGUUUCUAUUUUAUGUUA